UCAUAUACAAUAAAAUUAAAAAUGGUGACAGUUACUUCAGAUCGCUUAGCCAGUCUUCGUGCCCAAAUGGAAGCACACAAUGUUGAUGUCUUUCUUGCUCCCUCUGAGGAUGCUCACCAGAGUGAAUAUAUCGCUGAAUGUGAUAAGCGUCGUCACUGGAUUUCCGGCUUCACUGGUUCUGCUGGUUUCGCCAUUAUCACUACCACCGAAGCCGCCUUGUUCACGGAUGGUCGAUACUUUUUACAAGCCUCUCAACAAUUGGAUAACAAUUGGACUUUAAUGAAGGGUGGACUUCCCGGUGUACCUACCUGGCAAGAAUAUCUCAUCAAUAAUCUUCCUUCUGGCUCGCGUAUUGGCUUGGAUCCUACCCUCAUCAAUGCUGCUGAUGCGCACCAACUGACACUUGAAUUGCAACAUUUGGGUUCAUCUCUUGUUCCUAUCCAUGAAAAUCUUAUUGACCUCGCUUGGGGUAAAGAUAGACCCGAGGCACCUAAGGACAAAGUGUUUGUGCAACCCGUUGAGUACGCAGGUAAAUCUACGGAGGAUAAAUUAAAGGAUGUACAUCGUCAUCUUCAAGAAAAAAAGGCGGCAGGUACUGUUGUUUCUGCACUGGAUGAAAUUGCUUGGUUAUUUAAUAUGAGAGGUUCGGAUAUCGAAUGUAAUCCUGUUUUUUUCGCUUAUGCCAUUGUCUCUGAAUCCGAGGCCAUCCUGUACCUGGAUUUGGAUAAAUUGACAGAAGAAGUGAAUGCUCAUCUUGCUGCUGCCCACGUCACCACCAAGCCUUAUGCUCAUUUUUUCACAGAUUUAAAAGAAUUGCAAUUGAAUGGUAAAAAGUUAUUAGUGAACAACAAAACCAGUUUAGCUGUGGAAGUGGCUGUAGGAGAAUCCAACGUGGUAGAAGAACGUUCUUAUAUCACUGAUGCCAAAGCUAUCAAAACCCCCGCCGAAUUAGAUGGUAUGCGUGCAUGUCAUCUUCGUGACGGCGCUGCACUUGUCCAUUACUUUGCAUGGCUCGAAAAUAAAUUGUUGGCCGGUGAGCAAUUAGAUGAAGUGGAUGCAGCUGAUCGUCUGGAACAAUUUCGUGCAGAACAAGAUCAUUUUGUCGGGCUUUCCUUUGCCACUAUUUCUUCCACAGGAUCCAAUGGUGCUAUCAUUCAUUACAAGCCAGAAAAGGGUGCUUGUAAAAUCAUCGAUCCUAGUCAAAUUUACUUAUGUGAUUCUGGAGGACAGUACUUGGAUGGUACCACCGAUGUCACACGUACUUUCCAUUUUGGUACACCUACCGCAUAUGAAAAACGUUGCUUUACCCGUGUCUUGCAAGGUCAUAUCGCCAUUGAUGAAGCUGUUUUCCCCCAAGGUACUACGGGCUAUUUAUUAGACCCUUUUGCUCGUCAAGCACUUUGGAAAGAUGGUUUAAAUUUCUUGCAUGGUACUGGUCAUGGUGUCGGUUGUUUCUUAAAUGUUCAUGAAGGACCUCAUGGAAUUGGUAUCCGUGUUAAUUAUAACGACACUCCCUUGGCAGUGGGCAUGACGGUGACAGACGAGCCUGGUUAUUAUGAAGAUGGUAAAUUUGGUAUCCGUAUUGAGAAUGUCAUUUUGGUCAAGAAGGCAGAGACACCUCAUAACUUUGGAGGUCGUGGCUACUUGGGUUUUGAACAUGUUACCAUUGCACCUAUUGGACUUGGAUUGAUCGAUAAGGAUCUUUUAAGUCCCUCUGAAAUUCAAUGGAUUAAUGCUUAUCACGAAGAAUGUUGGACUAAGUUGAGUCCUCUUGUUGCUGAUAAUGCAUUGACCGUAGCAUGGCUCAAGAAAGAAACCGUAGCCAUUUAAAACUUUUAUUAUUAUUAUAAAUCAAUCAAUAAAUUUGAUGGGUGAUGGGUAAUAUCU